AUCUGAUCCGGCUGUUCAAACGGAGGGGAGAAAGGUGGACUUUUCUUAUUCCCGGCCAUGGGAUCCCAGCAGCAACCUUAUGCUGAUACAGCUCCAAUUUUCACCCAGGCAGAUGAUACUGAAGGUGAAGAAAAAGAUGAUCCUCAGCCAGGGCACAUAGGAGAAGAAGAAGUACGGGCCCUGACAGGGAUAUCGUCUCAACAUGCAGGCCUUAUUGUGGGUGUACUCUUUUUUAUUAAUCUACUGAACUACAUGGAUCGCUUCACUGUGGCUGGUGUUCUUCCUGACAUUGAGAGGUUUUUUAAUAUUGAUGAUAGCAAAUCAGGACUACUACAGACAGUUUUUAUUAGCAGCUAUAUGGUACUGGCGCCUAUUUUUGGUUACCUGGGUGAUCGUUAUAAUCGCAAAUACCUGAUGUGUAUAGGAAUCUUCUUCUGGUCUAUUGUGACUCUAGGGAGCAGCUUCACCCCCAAGCAGUACUUCUGGAUGUUGCUACUUACACGAGGCCUAGUGGGUGUGGGAGAGGCUAGCUAUUCAACUAUUGCCCCCACCAUUAUUGCUGACCUGUACUUGGGUGACCGGAGAUCCCGCAUGCUUAGCAUCUUCUACUUUGCUAUACCUGUAGGCAGUGGACUGGGCUAUAUUGUAGGAUCAAAAGUGAAAGAUGUGGCUGAUGACUGGCACUGGGCCUUGCGGGUGACCCCAGGUUUGGGAGCAUUAGCUUUGAUAUUAUUGAUAACUGUGGUGCGUGAACCACCUCGAGGAGCUGUGGAGACCCGCACUGAUGCCCCUCUUCAUUACACUUCAUGGACAGCUGAUUUGAGAGCCCUGAGCCACAACCGUAGCUUUGUGUUGUCAUCACUAGGAUUCACAGCUGUGGCAUUUGUAACAGGCUCUCUAGCAUUGUGGGCACCUGCAUUCCUGUACCGCUCACGGUUGGCCGCCGGAAAUCUCCCACCUUGCCCUAGUGGUAAGGUUUGUCAUGGAGACUCUGACAGCCUCAUCUUUGGUAUUAUCACUUGUGUGACUGGUGUCCUGGGUGUUACUGCUGGAGUGGAGAUUUCAAGACGGUGGCAGCGCAUCAAUCCCCGUGCUGAUCCCCUGGUGUGUGCCAUUGGACUGCUUGGGUCUGCCCCCUUUCUGUUCCUGGCUGUCGUCUUUGCUCAGCAGAGCAUUGUUGCCACUUAUGUAUUUAUUUUUAUUGGUGAAACUCUCCUUUCCCUCAACUGGGCCAUAGUGGCAGACAUCCUUCUGUAUGUUGUCAUCCCUACUCGCCGUUCCACAGCUGAAGCUUUUCAGAUUCUGUUGUCCCAUCUUCUGGGUGAUGCAGGGAGCCCUUAUCUUAUUGGUUUGAUUAGUGACCGAAUCCAGAGCGAUCGCCCCAUUUCAUUGCUGUCACAGUUCCGAAGCCUGGAAUAUGCACUUAUGGUCUGCAGCUUUGUGGGCGUUAUCGGUGGGGGUUUCUUCCUAGCUACAGCUUGCUUCAUUCAGGCAGAUCGUAAACGGACAGAGCUAUAUGCACACGGUCAGCUGCAAGAAUCUUUGGAAGGGGAGGACCGCAUUGUUGUUCCUCAGCAUGGGCGAUCAACAAAAGUUCCUGUCUCCAGUGUCCUUAUCUGAAGUCUCAUCUUCAUCCUGCUUCAGUUUUGGAACAGAUUUGUAUUUGGUAGUUGAGUAGACAGAGACAGAGAGACUCUCUUAAAGGCACCAAGGCAGGAUUAUGGACAACAGGAAAUGAAAUCAUAAUUUUUUGCUGUGUACAUAGGACUUUUUUUAUAAAUCACAAACACUAUUCACGCUUUUCAGAUGAAUGAGGAUGAAAUGGCAAAAACUCAUCUCCUACUUCCUUUUACUUGGAUGGUUUUAUUUUUAUUUCAUUCAUUUUUUUUCCUGCAAUGUGAAAUUCAAAGCAACAUGUAAAGGGUAUAGAAAAAAAUGGCUGAAAAGAUCAGUCUUCAAUAGCCUUGGGUUUUAAGAAAAACGGAAUCUUCCAGCCCACAUCUGUGUUUUCAUACAAAGGCUUUUAUUUGUAGUCUCGCUGUCUUCAUAUAUUUUUGCAGAAUGUCUGGAUGGUACCUCCAUUUUUACAGUCCUCUGAAAUAUCCUGAUAGGAGCUGACUAUCUAGAUGCCCCCCCUUUUUUUUUUCAGGAGAAAACCAGUAUUCAUGACAAGGUCAGUGUUAGGAGGGACCCUUAAAAAAGAUGUGUCAGUUAUACUUGACUUGAGGAGCUAAAAAGGUUUGCAUCUCUAUUAAGAAGUCAUUGUCAACUUCUGAAGUAUGAAAACCUGCAUGAAAAAACGUUGCAUAAAUGAUUGUAGCCUCAGACUCCGAUUUAAUAUUUUUGUUCCUAACAUUGUUGCUGUUGGACAUUGGCAUGAAGAUGGGCAAGGUUUGGAUGAUUGAUACCUUGUUUUGUACAACCAAGUGUUGUUUACUGCCAUGAUCCAUGGAGGAACUACCUGUGAUGACUAGCUUCAGCUCCCUUUCCUAUUUUUCAAUGCUUACUGUUGUAUGUUACUCGCGGUUCUACUAGCAUCUGGCUUCUGCUCCUGGCAUUAAGUGGAGCAGUUUGUUUGUUUCAUUUGAAGUGCUUGUAACGUCGCUAGCUGUAUUUUGUCUUUACCUUGAAGAGAAGAAAACAGGCUUCCUGCAGAGACAUCUGUGAAAGACAGUGGUUGCACUUUAGCUAUAAAUGGGUUUUUAUUAAUUUGUAAUUUAAAUGGAUUAGAACCAUUACAGUCAAUUAUGGGUUCAUUUCAGUAUGAUUCAAUGUAAAAUCAAAUGUAGAAAAAUGAGUUGUAAUUGAAACUAAUUUUUCCUGGCCAGAUAUCUUACAAAUAUUUUGAAUUAAGCUCAACCCCCAGCUGUACUGACUGGUUAUUAUGGUAGAACAAUAACAUUAAGAUCACUAAUGCGGCAAGUCUCUCUUAAGCUGAUGGGGAAAUGUUACAGUCUGCAGCUUGUGUAUUUUGGCCUACAGAUUUCAUUCAUUUUUAGUUCUUUUGCCUGUAUUUCUUCAUUCAUCUGAAAAAAGUGGGCUUUGGCUUGUGCCACAAUAAAUUAAUUCGAUUUUGAAA